AUGUGCACCAACGAUUGGGAAGAGUACCAGGAUCCCGAGCUUCCCGCGCACGAGUACCUCUCCGAACCUUCCAGUCCAGCCAUCGACUCCGUCAUGUAUCACCCUCCUUCGACGUCCCGUUCAACCAUGCUCGACUUCCGGGCUCCGUUGUACCUCAGUCCAGAACACGUCGCAAACGAUAUUCUACCUCCACCUGCCCACCCCCAGGCCAGCCAAGACGUCCAACCAAACAAGCGCAUCAUGGGGCUUACAGACCGAUUCAACUCUGCCUUCUUCGACCACACUGCCACCACCGUCGUUCCGUUGCCAUCUCCCGACGCGGCAGCCCCUGUGCCCAGUCAUACUCUGGUCGUCGCCCAUCUCCCCAAGAUCUUCCGCAGGCUCGAUUUUCUCCAGCAGUGGGCCACUCGUUUCGGGGAGGUCGCCCGUGUUGUCCUGGACGCCAAGUGUGGGAAAGCCCUCGUCGAGUGGAUUCGGCCUGAGGAUGCCACGAUGGGGUUCAAUUGCCCGAGGAUGCACGGCGACGGGAAGGAGCAUAUACGGGUGUACCGCUAUCGGGGCGUCGACCGGUGGAGUGCACUGGAGAUGGAGGAGGGCGAGAUCGACGAGGAGGUGAGCACCAAGUCGAAAAAGAAGAAGAACAAAGCGAAAAAGAAGCUCGAGCAACGUCUCGCUGACCCGACCUCCCUUCUUUUGCCGCGACCUUCGCCUCUACCAUCCAUUCGACCACUACCUGCCACCUCGGCGCCACCCACCAAGCCUCUAACUCCACAUCUGUCCAGUCCCGCACGCAAGGAUCGCUAUUUCGGGGGUGAGGGUACAUGGGAGGACGAGAUGGUAUUGGACUCCGACGACGAAGGCAGCGCGCGGAUCAUCGCCACUCUCGACGACGGCAGCGUGGACGGCGAACUGCAAAUCGCGGCGAUGGACGACGACGAAGACAUGGAGAUGUCCAGCCCUGUCGAGUCGAACACCAACACCACCCACCACAACCUCGCUCCCGUCGAUGAAAUCAUGGAAGUUCGCGACAGGUUUCGGCGGGACGUGCAGGCGAAAGCGCAACUCGCCCUUCGCAAAGCAGCACCCGGUCCGCGGGUGUCACUGUCGUCUAGCGACAGCCCGUCCGAGUCCCCAGAGCCGAUAACUCCUUCAGACACGCCAUCGCAUGGGCUCGCAAGGACGACACUCGGAAGUCUGGAGACGAAGACGGCUAACGGCAGCGCGGGUGUCGGCGAUGAACUCGUGGUGACACACAACCCUCCGUCGCAUCCCUCGACGAGCUUGCCAUCUCAUUCAUCAACGAGUCCAUCCAAGCAGCCACCGAACGCCCUUCCCGGUCCUCACCACCAGCGUGCAAGCCCCACCGGUCCCGCCCCGCUCGCCGUGUCCACUUCUGCUGUCACCCUCCAAAUCCCUGCGCCAACCCCACAUAUCCCGUUAACAGAGGAUAUGCGCGUCGCGAAGCAGAAACGGUGGCUCGAGCUCGUGAACGCCAGCACAUCCAUCCUGGACAAGGUGCAAGCGGCGAAGGUCAAAGAAGAGAAGAUACUCCUCAUGCGCCUCCUGCAUGCCAAGACAAAGUAA